AGUAGAUGAAGUUUGGUGGUUGGUAAAAAGAAAGAGGAAUAAUCACUAGGAUUCUUCUUCUUUAGUCGUUCAUUCUCCCAAACCUCCCUCCCACCCUUUUUCGAUGCUCUUGCUUUCCCACCAACUCGUUUCCUCGUUCACUAGCGUGCGCGCGAAUUCAGUCAUCGUCGGCUAUCUUUUGAAGCGACUACUCUCACCGUUCUUCUCUUCCUUCAGUCGCGUUUCGCGUUUCGUACGAGCUAGUAAUCCCACGUAUACCUGGCAUGAUGUAGAUUUUCGAUUAAACAAAAACAAUGCAGAAAAUAUAUUUACAAAAAGACUGUGUUACAUUUGUGUAUGUGCGCGCAUAUAUUCAUAGAAUUAUUUGUACGUUUUAUUUGAAAGAUGCUUCAAAAGAGGAUUAUUUAUUCGAAGAAAGAGGAAAGAAAGGUGUCGCGAACUUUAUUAUUCAAAUCGAAUGAAAAUGAAGAUAAAAGAAGAGUGAUCGAGAAAGAAUUUUCAUGAAGAUGUUCGCGAGAUUUUUGUCUAAUACAAAAUUUCAAGGAUAUACAACACGUUGAAGAAUUAAUAAUUCUGGACAAAAUAGAGAAGGAAAUAGAAGGGAAAGAAACAAAAAAAGUAAGGAAGGAUAGAUAGGAUCCUACAAAAUGUCGGUAGUCGAUCAAAACAGAGAGCAAAGAAGUAAUCGAAAUCAAAGCGAUGACAUUGUUGUCGAUAUUGGCAAAAAUGCAACCGAUGGAAUAUUUCUAAUGCAGGAAUACUUCAAUAUAACUUCUCUGGACGUUAACGCCACCGAGGAGAUUGAUUCUUUUUAUUUUUACGAGACCGAACAAUUUACAGUACUGUGGUUACUAUUCGCUGUGAUCGUUGCUGGUAACACUGCUGUUCUAGCUGGUCUCUUGCUGGGAAAACGUCGAAAAUCUCGGAUGGAUUUUUUCAUCAAGCAACUGGCUUUCGCAGAUCUUUUAGUCGGUUUGAUAUCAGUUCUGACGGAUAUAAUUUGGAGAACUACAGUCACCUGGCAUGCUGGUAACAUUGCCUGCAAACUCAUCCGGUUUAUGCAAGCCGUCGUCACCUAUAGUUCUACCUAUGUAUUGGUUGCAUUAUCGAUCGACAGAUACGAUGCCAUUACUCGACCGAUGAACUUUUCAGGAAGUUGGUGGAGAGCUCGAGUGUUGGUGGUGGUUGCUUGGAGUCUCUCAGCACUCUUCAGCGUUCCCAUCAUUUUUCUCUACGAGGAGAAACGUAUACAAGGAAUGAAGCAAUGCUGGAUAGACUUGGGAUCACCGAUUCAAUGGAGGAUUUACAUGAGUUUGGUGAGCUUUACCCUGUUCAUAGCUCCCACCCUUAUAAUAGGAGGCUGUUAUAUGGUCAUCGUAGCAACGAUAUGGUCACAAGGAAGCGCAUUACGUCAGGGUCCAACUAGGGAUACCAGAAGAGCUUCGUCCAGGGGUCUUAUACCACGAGCAAAGAUCAAAACCGUUAAGAUGACCUUCGUCAUAGUGUUCGUAUUCAUACUUUGUUGGAGUCCAUACAUAAUCUUCGAUCUCCUACAAGUUUACGGACACGUACCAAAAACCCAGACGAACAUCGCAGUAGCUACUUUUAUACAAAGUCUAGCGCCAUUGAAUUCCGCUGCCAAUCCCAUCAUCUAUUGUCUUUUUAGCACGCCAUUCUGCAAAAAUGUACGGAACAUGCAGGCGAUUUCCUGGGUUUCGGGAUGGUGCACUGCAAAUCCACAUCACUGCUUUGGCACCGGUGGUGCUAAAACCACAAGUACGAGGACGACAGUGACGACGUCCCUGACGGCACAUUCAUCUCGUAAAAGUGGACCAGGGAUGCUGCACUCGACAACUUCGAGGAAGCACGUGAUGGUGUCAUUGGUUUAAAUUGUUUAAAAGAUCAACUGAGAGAAAGAGAAAUAAUAUUUCAAACUUUUAUUUUUACUUAUGUUUCUUUUUCUAACUCUCGAAGAAACUCCCGACAAAAUUCUUGAGCAGCCUACCUACUUGCAACCCACCAAUCAACCAAUUCUUUCGUUUACCCGAGCAAGCAAACUCGGCUUUACUUUAACAAUAAAUCACUUUAAGGCGUCUUUCAUUCUAAAGUAAAUACUCCUUUCGAUCUCUUUUUACAAAACUCUUCUAAAUAACUACUGUUAUAAAUAAUAAAUCACACCGAAGCUAUCUCAUCACAAUCAGUGCGAUAAUUAUUAUAAAUAUUACAAUUAAAAGAUUUUCUUUAACUUACAAUAUAAUAGAAAUGUUUUCCAUAACAAUAUUUAUUUCGUAAUUAUUUUUAAUUUUGUACCUUUCGAUAUCUCAUCGAGGAUAUAUCGAGAAAAGGUAUUUUUCUUUCGCAUCGUCAUUUAAAUUGUCUCUUUGAACGAGUACAGGUUUCGACCUACAUUUACGAGCGCUUUAAAGUUGAAAUUCUUGGAGAAAGGAAGCUAAUGAAGAAAAAAAUACAGAGAGGAGAAUCAUUAAAAAAAUAAUUGGUUCGCGAUUUCUCUCUUUAAAAUUAACAACAUUUUAAUGAACACGAUAGAAAUAAUUUGUAAUAAUAAAACUGUAUUGCUACGUUACUAUCAUACAUUAAUACGACCGUCUCUGUUUUACCUUGGCCGUACAAUUACAAACGUGCAUUUAUAUUGCUUUUACAAAAUUUUGAUCCUCGUACGAUCACAAAGUUCAUUUUUAUUCACCCUUCUAAAAUCGAAACUUGCUUAUUCCAAUUCUUUACAAUACAAAGAUAAAAUAAUAAAUGACGAUGUAAAUAAAUUUAAUGUAAGGAGAAUGAAAUAUUGUAGGUAAUUAAAAAAAGUAUCACGUAUACUUAAAGUGAGUGAAACGUAAAAUGUCUUGAAAAUAAGUACGAGGAAAGGGAAUAUUUCGCGAUUACAUGAUAUCUAUCAUAAAUAUAAAUAUAUACAGAUAGAAGAAAAUCGAUUUGAUAUUUCGCAGCAAACUCGUGGAAAUAAGAAAUCGACGUUUUCUUCGCUUUUUAUACAUAUAUAUAUGUAUGUAUCAGUGAAAUUCGAUGGAAAAUAAAAUUCUCGAAGGUAUAUACCAACGUGUACAUACACCUAUAUAUUUAUAUAUAUAAUAAAUAUAAAUUUACAUAAUAAUAAAAUAAUACUAUAUGUAAAGAAAAUUUCACAGCUUUGUGUCUCUCGAUGUAUCCCAUUAUUAUACAUACAUACAUACAUAUUUAUUCAUAAUUUAUAUAUCUCAAUUAAAAUAAUAAUUUAUUAUUAUGAAUGUAAUGGACUUUUCAUCGAC